AAAGUCUAGAAAUUGCUGAAAACAGGUCCCGAAAACCUCGCGGAAUACGGUAACACUCGUUUCAGCUGUGCGAUUUAAUUUCGAGAUAUUUACGCGCUGUCGAAAGGGUAUUUUCUGUUGACUUUCGCGGCGAAAACUCGAAAAAAUCGGCAAUUUCUAUUGAUUUUUGUCGAUUUUUGCAUAAUUGAUCGAAUUUCGUGUUAAAAAUCACAUUAAGAUUUCAAAAAACCAUGCAAAACCACGGUGGAAAUGAUGAGAUUAUCGAAUUUUUCGAUUAAAACCCCGAAAUUUCAAUUUUUCAAGAUAUAAUGGCUAUCCGCCGCCAGAAAGGAGAUUUUACGACACGGAGAAAAAGGACGAGCGUUGGCGAGAGGAACGGCGAAGCGAGUCUUGGCGGGAAAAUCCCCAAUUUCCACGGCGAGAAGAAGCCUGACGACCGAUUCCACCACAAUUUCAGCUUGGAAGAGAUCGAGCUCCAAUGCCGGUCGACGACACAUUUUUGUGAGAUAUGGCGCGAAACGGCUUAACAACGGAAAUUUAGUGGAUCGAGACGGUUAUACACUCAAAAUCCGCGAUCCAGACUGCCGAGCGCCUUCGCCUCCAAAAUAUAACCCGGGACGCGAGUAACGCAGAUAUCCAGACGAUUUAGGCCGAAGAUCGCGCUCGCCACCACGAUAUCACUCAGGACCGCGUGAAGAUCGAUUUUCAGACAGAAAUCCGCCUCGUGGAUGGCUACAAAGCGGAUAUGUGGAGUGCAGGUGUCACCCUUUACAACCUGGUUUCUGGAAAAUAUCCAUUCGAAAAGCCUGUUCUAUUGAAAUUGUAUGAAUGUAUUGAAACUGAGCCACUACAAAUGCCAACUAAUGUUCAAUUGACAAAGGAUCUACAGGAUUUGCUCACAAAACUUCUGGAAAAAGACUUUAACGAGCGUCCAACGUGUCUCGAAACAAUGAUUCAUCCAUGGUUUCUGUCAACUUUCCCAGAGGUAACGAGAAAAAAUCUCACUGCAACUUUUUCCUCACGAGGGACGAGGAAAAGUGGUUUCUAGGCCAUGGCCGAGGGGCCGACAAAUUUCAGCGGCCAUUUAUCUUGCUUUGUUUUCCGCCUGUUUUCUUUUGUUUUUCAUCGAUUUUUCCCGGUUUUUCUUAUUAAAACUGAUAAAUAAAUAUUUUUUGCAGAUGCUAAA